AGCAGCAGCGUCAGCAACAGCAACAGCAAUGGCAGCAGUGCCAGUGGCAGUGGUUGCUGCUCAAAAAAGAAGGAAAUUGAAUUUAUUCUUUUGACGCGCGUCUGUCCAUCGCGAGCGCGCCAUACUUCCGCUACUAGCGCGCUUGUUGCAAUUCGCAUUUUGCGUGCCGCAGUAAGCACAAGCUUAUAGUGUUUAACAAUUACAACAGCAACAACGACAAUAACAAACACUCGGCAUAACGGCAUAACAACGUCUAUUCAAAGUCAACAGCGCCAACUAGUGUUAUUCCGCUGUUGCUAUUGCUGUUGCCAGCAACGCCGUCGGUCAAGCUCAAAAAAAAAAAAAGAAAAUAAUAGCUAAUAAAAAAUUUAGAAAACACAACGCGCUUUACGUACCAGGCAAAUUUUGACAAUUGUUAAUAUACGCACACAUACGCGCGCGCCGCACAACAACAUUGCACAAAGCUGCACACCACAGCUCGCAGUGCAUACGCUAUUGUAUUGCCAUGCAGCGCGUCGCUGCACCACCUUCACUGCCCACCACCCCCAGCGCCGCACGCCGCCAUACUACAUCCGCCACCGCCGCCGCCGUCACCAUCGCCAACACUCCGCAUUCGCACGCAAAACACCGCGCGUCGUAUGCGUCGUGUGUACCGCGAAUCAGCGCGCCGUCGCCACUCAAAUGUUCUGUUCUGUUCUGUUGUGCAGUCGCGUACGCGUACCGGCGCACCGUUGACGUUGUUACUAUUACUAUUAUAUUUGAUGGCUAUUUUUCACGUUAUUUUCACGAUUGUUACUUAAUUUUACACUUGUCGAGCGUUUUCCUGCUUUCUCGUCUGCCUGCGUCGUUCUUUGAACAGUCGGUGAUGGUGUGGCGUUAACAACGCGUCAACAAUAUUUAGUGCAUUUUUUACAGUUAUUGAUUUUUUUCAUUUGUGAUUUUAAGUUUCAACAAUAAAUUUCGAAAAUAAUGCCAAUAAUAAUAAUUGAAAAUAAAUUUUCGUCGAUUUGAUUGCAAAUUGAAAAUCACAAAUAAAUGUGCAGUGACCCACGGUGCAAUUGCAAUAAGCUUCGUACAAAAAAAAUAUAUAUAAUAAUAUAUGGGAAAAAGUAAUAAGAAAAUAUAUGUGUUUAAGAAAAUUUAGUGCGCCAAAUAAAUUUUAUAACGGUAUAUCAAGUGGCGAGCUCAAGUGUUUUGCCAUAAAUAAAUGUAAACAAAGCCUAAGCUCAUGGCUUACGUGUAGAGAACUCACUGGUUUAUAACUAAAAAUUAAUCAAAUCAAAUAAAAGUUUUUUGAAAACUAAACAUUUUUGUUGAAAAAAAAAUACACACACACACAUACAUAUAUUUUUGUUGAGUUGAAAAAAGUAUACAAGUAUAAUAAACAACUUAAAGAUAUAUAUUAAAAAAAUAUAUAUACAAACAAAAGCAAAUUAAAAUAAUUUACAAAAAUUUAAAAAUUAAAAUAAAAAAUUACAAAAACAAAUAAGUUGGCAAAUGAAAAUGAGUUUUUAGAAUUUUACAAAGACACAAAUAUACAUACAUACAUAUAUGUAGUCAAACAUAAAGUGCAAUCUAAGAGAGAAUAAUACAAAAAUUAACAAAAUAUUAUAUAAAAAAGAAAUUAAACCAAAAUCACAACAACAACAACAACAACUGAAGACACAUAUGCCACCAACAUAAGCGUGUGUGGCAUGCAACGCGUAAAAUUUGCAGCAAGUAGGCGAUAUAAAGCGACAAAUAAGUUUGCAAGAAAGCAUAUCCAACAACAACAACAACACGCGUGCAGCCAACAAACACAGUUGCCAGAUAGUUAAAAAAGUAAAUUUCCGUUUUGCUUUUGAAUUAUUUUAAAAUAAAUCGUCGUUAUUGCAUAUGAAACAGUUAUAUACACGUACAUAUAUAUAUAUAUAUAUAUAUAAUAUAUAAAAGAAAAACAACAACAAUAGCAAUAACGAAACAGUUGUUGUAAAUAGCAGCAGCAGCGGACGGACAGCAGGCAGCAGACGACAGCCGACGACAACUGCAGUGGCCGCAAGCUUUCCAGCGCCCCUCCAACGCCUACCAACAAAGCAUCACCGACAAGCAGCAGCAGCAACAGCAGCAGCGACAGCGGCAACAACAAUCACAAUAAUACGGCGCUUAAUUAAGCAAUACCUACGCGAUUGGCCCAUGGAAGAAUUGGCUUAGAACGGAUCGCUGAGGAGUUGAUGGAACGCAUGAAAUGGAAGCAAUAUCAAGAGCCAUUAACUACGCGCGUCCAUACAAACAAUCACACCGUACAAUCGCCAGCCGAAACAGCAGCAACAGCAGAGUUGCCAGCAGCAACAGCCGCCGCCAGUACAGCAGCGACCUCAGUAGCCCCACAAAUCCCAGUAGAACGGCAAACAUCCACAGAGUACGAUCAACAACAACAUCAACAACAAAAACACAACGAUCAGCCUGUAGAGGAGCAAAAGAUUACACAUUUGCAGCAACAAAAAUCGAUCAACGAUCUCGUAGACACCAAGAGUGCACAGCCAUCAUCAUCAUCACCAACAUACGGCCAGAGCAACGGCACUGCAACAGACAACAACAACAGCCAACACAAUCUUCAAUACGAGCAAGCACACGAGCGCACAGUCGGAGGCGGAACGAACGCCGAAGAACAGCAACAAAACAAAGGAAAUACGCAACAAAGCAACUGCGUAGAAGACUCCAUAAAGGCUAAGGAGGAUCGGGAGGUGCAAGCUGUUACAGACAAUACAACAACAUCACAUAAUCACAACCAACUUCACCGUAAUAACAGUAAUAGUGUAACAUUAAAUAAUAAGACAAAUUGCGGCAACCACAACGGCAACAACAACAACAAUAAUACAUCAAUAAAAGCAACAAAUUCAUCACACACAAACACAACAACAACAAACAUCACAAGCCUUAUCGCCAAUCAGAAUAGCUUGUCAAGUGUAACUACAUCACCACCGUCAACGCAUCCACCGCAGCCUGCCACUGAGGCGCUUGAGCGGCAGCGUACGCCCACCGUUGAACCGGUCGAUUGGAAGCCGAAUGAGAAGUGUUAUUUUUGUGUGGACGGCAGAUUACUCACGGUGAACGCGAAGGGAGAACUAGUAGCCGAGCCGGCGGGCCCCAUUGUGUCCGCCGUCGGCGGCGAUUCAGUGGAACACGUUCACAGGCUUGAGACCGAUAGCGAUUCGAAUGAAUCAGCGCAUGCGAAUUUGGUGAAUAGUACAACAACUGCGCCCGUUGUAAACAAUAAUAACAACAACAGUAGUACGAAUAACAUUAACAACAACAACAACAAUAAUAAUAAUAAUAAUAACAAUCGCAUCGACUGGAACAAGCUGUUGACGACACGUUUAGUUGAUUUGCCAGCGAAUAUGACUUCAAUGGACUCAAUGGCCGCGCAGUUAGCAGUCAUUUCUGGUUACCCAAAUUUUAAUUGGCUACAAUUGAUGCAACAACAGCAGCAGCAAGAGCAGCAGCCACAUCCCGCACCGAUACAGCAACAAACACAGCCACAACAACAGCAUCAGCAACAACAACAACAACAGCAACAGCAUAUAAGUUCGGCGACACCAACUACCUCAGAGACAUCGGCCGCCGCUGUUAGUCCACCACUCAAGGAUUCGCCCAGUCCCAGUGAUGCCACCGGUGAACAACCCUUAGAUCUUAGUUCGAAACCAUCGCCAAAUUCGUCUAUUAGCGGCGAUUUGAAGUCAGUGCGCUCCAAGACGAUGCGCGCUACGCCCACACUCUCUGCACGUCGCCCCUGCACCGAUGAUGCACUGAGCAGUACCGUACAAGAGCUUCUCAGCGGAAAGUAUAGCACACGUAAAUCGUCAGACCAAUACGCCGGCAGUUCGAGCACGAGCCCAGGACGCGCCAGAUCCAAUCGCACCGGAGUGAGUGGCAAACGUGCGAAUGCACACCUAGCCAACGCGCUCUUACACGGCAUGGACGUGGACAAGGAUAUGUCCGGCGAUGAAUGCAGCACUGGCAUACCUGGCGGCCAUGGUAGUAAUGCUUCAACACCACAACCAGAAACCGCCACACACAUUGCACUGGAGGAGCUCGCCAAUCGGCUAAACGCGACACAUUCUCUGCGUAAAUAUUGUGCGAAUAACGGUACCGGUGAUGCGGGGCGACGCGAUGUCGCCAAUGAUGUCGGCAAUUGCAACGAUUUGUCACCAAAGCCGAACGCAAUAUACGUUGAUGGCGCUAAGUGUGACGCCGGUACACCGUCGAGCAGCGCUACACCACAACCGCAGCAAUCGCCGCCAGCGACUGGACUGGAUCCGACAUUAGCGAUUUUACAGGCAUUCCUCUUUACGCUCACCAGCUUUGGCGCUUUGCAGCAACGUGCCGAUCAGCCGGUUACUCUGCGUGAUUUGGUGGCCAAUUUGAAGGAUAUGUUGGAAACACAUACCGCGGGUGAUUUAAGUGUGGAGGGUCUUUUCAGCAAUGGCAAGCCCAAUAUAAUGGACCAACCGUUGUUGGCGCAAAAGCUGCAACAACAAACGUCAGCGUAUGCGGCACAACGCUUACCCAAAUCAGAUACACCAGAGACCACGAGCUCGUUGGACCACCAUGAGCCGAUUGGUGAUGAUCUGGCUGCGUCGAUUCUUAAGAUUCCGUCCUAUAAGCCAGUGGCAGGCACGCCGACGCCCACAUCGGCUGCAGCACGCGCCUCAUGUUCGCCAUCCUUGCUGUGCAACAAUUCCACCGCCAACUCCAUGCCAAAUCCCAGCGGCGAUAGUCCGCAUUCUGCGCCCUCACCACGCAUCGCCAACUCUAUGCUGGCCGCUGCUGUGGCGGCCGCUAGCAAUAAUGGCACCGUCGCAUCUGCCGGCCGUCAGGGCAAUAAUGAUCUAUCUGUCAUUUCGCCGCCACUAAUGCAGCACACCCAAUCACCACCGUCGUUCAGUUUUCGCGACAUGAUCGCACAUGGCAUUCACCGCACUAUGAAUGAGCAGGCCAAUCAGGACGCGCAUGCCGCCGCCGCUGCUGUUGCUGCGGCUUCGGCGCCAAUGCUGGGUCUGUGCUUGGAAAUGGAGCGCUCUAACAACAAUAGCGGCAGCAGUACGGAUCAUAAGAAACCUACUAUAUCGGUGGUGAAGAAUAUAGGUGGCACCGAUACAACACGGUUUGGUGCUGCACCCAAUGUCUUGGCUGGUUCGAGUGUGGCUGGUAGCAGUAGCAGCACACACAACUCACAUGGCUAUCACCAGGCGCACAUACAUCAUCAUCUGCCACCCCAUCUAAGUCGCCAAGAGGCAGCAGCGCUUGCCGCCGGCAAAGGUACCCGCCCGAAACGUGGUAAGUACCGCAACUAUGACCGCGAUAGUUUAAUCGAAGCAGUGCGCGCUGUGCAGCGCGGCGAGAUGUCAGUGCAUCGUGCGGGCAGUUAUUUCGGUGUGCCGCAUUCAACGCUCGAGUACAAAGUGAAGGAGCGACAUUUGAUGCGGCCGCGUAAGCGUGAGCCCAAGCCACAGCCCGGACUAGAUGGUAGCAGCAGCACGACAACGGGCAAAUCAAACUCUAACAUUCCUGGUCAUCACAACAAUCUGAGCAAAAUCAAGUUGGGCAACGCUGGCAACAGUAAUGUAAAUUCCAAGCUCAACGAAGCGCAUAAGGGCAAUAGUAACUCAGCAGCGGCCGCAUUCCCAACCAGCGCACCAAACGGCAUGAAAAUGCUUUUCGAUCCCAUCCAAUAUCCAGCACAUCUAUUUUGGAAUCCCCCGCCAGCCUUUAGCCAAAUGCAUAUGGAAUUCAAUCGCAAUGCAGUGGCGGCGCAAACCGCCAGCGCGGCACAACGUUACACCGAAGAAACGCUACGUGGCGUUGGCGGCACAUCAGCUGGUACGCCUUCUAACGCCAACAGCCCCAGUCCUAUUGCCAGUCCGUUGUCGGCAGCGGCAAGUCAUACACUCAAUAUGAAGAGUGCGCGUGAGCUUGCCGAAAAUUUGUAUGAAAGCGCUGGCGCCAACGGUUCCUCAAUACUCGACGGCAUCAUACGGAAAACGCUCGACCGCAAGAGCACCGACGUGGGACCGCCGAACAGUGCCAGCACCGGCGGCGCACUACUCGACCACUUGCUGGUGAAGAAAAGUGCACUACCGCCAUAUGCCAGCAACAACAGUAACGAUCAUCGCUCACCCAACGCCAUGAGCAGUCUACGCGCUAAACGCGCCGCCAGUCCGCUUGCAUAUACCGAAAUCAAACGUGAACGCGGCAGUCCGCCACACAGUAGCGGUGACGACGAUGAUGACGACGCCUCACGCAGCGGCAAUGACGAAAGUAGCUACGAGCACAACAAUAAUAACAACAGCAAAGGUAGUUACAUCGGCAAUAAUGAGUUGCACCUCCAGCAUCAGCACUUGCACCAUCAACAACACAGUCGCAGCCGCAGCCGCUUAACCUCUCACGACUCCGCCGAAACCGAUACGAGUAGCAUACCCAGCGAGCUCAUGACGAAUCACAACAACGGCAACAAACUGACCGGCGAUCUUAAUGGCAAUGGCGGUAGCGCGGCAAUGAGCGGUAUGCUGCCCAAAGUGGAACCACCGCUUGAAUUUGGACACGCACCACCCACAUUGGGUAGCACAUCCAUACUACAGGAAAAAUUGGCGCAAAUUAAGGCCGAGCAGGAGAACGAAGAGCACUUAUAGAGAUGAAUGAACUGGCCAUACGGCAUGUCGUUACAUUAGCGGUACUAACACGCUAACGGUUGAGGGGGGGCAAUUAAUAAUGGUGCUGAUUGUAGGCUCAGUAAAAGGGCGCAGAGCCAAACGGUACCGACAGGCGUACAAAUCUACCUAGAAUCCAAAACAGAACGGGCAUAGCAGUACCAGCGAGACGCAGCGGCAUACCGUGGAUCUGCAGGCAUGCUAGAGCAAAGGCUGUUGGGCGAACAGAACUUCAACUUGUGGCACUCACCAUGCCCGGCAUUAGUUGGGAUAUGCAUUCAGAGAUCGGGAUUGGGAUCGGCGAUCGCCGGUCGCCGGUCGCUAACGGUAAUCAGUUCAAACAGAAGCUUAGUCAACAUUGCGGCAAUUUAAGCUCUUAGUAUAUAAUUACCUAACAACCACACACAUGCAGACAUACAUACAAUUAGUACAUACAAACAAGUAUAUAAUAUGCUAAUAUACAUAUAUAUAUAGGUGAAAUGUACACAUGCGUACAUACAGAACAGACAUUUGUGUAUGAAUGAAAUGUACAGUUUAUACCCACAUAGCAAACAGGCAGACAAAGGAAGUACAUAAGGUGAAGAAGUAAAAACAAAAACAAAUUUUAAUUAAUACAUACAAUAGCUGUAAUACAUAUAAAUAUAUAUGUGUGUGUGCAUUUAGCCUGGAAGCGCAUGUAUGUAUUUAUAAAAAAUAAGACCUAAAAUCAAAGUAAAGUAAACUAAAGGGCGUGUGGGCGUAAAAAAACCAAAAACAGCAAAUAAAUAAUGGCUAACGGAGAAUGGAAGACGGUGAAUAAAUAAAGUAAAUAAAUGAAAAUGUGAACAAGCGAUAAUAUACAUACAUAUAUCUAAGUAAAAGUAUAGUAAAAAUCAACACUAAACUAACACAAAGGCAAAAUAAAUAGGUAACAGUAAAAAUAAUUAAAUAAUUAUACAAUCCAACAAUAAAAAAAGUUAUAGUUAUAGUAUGACAACAAAAACAACAUAGUAUAUCAAUUGCAGAGAUCAUAGAUAUAUAUAUAUAUAUAUAGCAUAGAAGGAUCUUUAUAUGAUAAAACAAAAACAAAAAGAAACAACAACAACAGCAACAUACUGAAAAUUUUCUGUUUCGUUUUCUGACAAUCGACAAAUAGGCUCUCCUUGUACAAACAAACAAACAAAACAAAACAAAAUGUAGCUAACUACAUGCAAACAAAGCAAAGCAAAAACAACAAAAACAAAAACAAGAAAAUUAAUAAUAAAAUAGCAAACCGAAAUAACAUAACAAUAUAAAAGCUAAAUCAAAACACACAAAGCAAAACCAAAAACAAAAAAAAUAAAAAAAAAUAAACUAAAACAAAAUCAAAUAAAACUAUAAGCAAAAUAACAAGCUAAAACAAAACGAAAAAUCAACACUGAAAACAAAAUUUCAAAAAACAAAUAAACAAAAUAAAACUCAAGCUAAUAUAACUUUAAAUAACGACAAAGCAUAUUACAACAACAAUAAAACAGUUGAAAACAUUUGCAAAGAGAGCAAAAUUUCGCGCAGAUUAUGCAAAUUUAAAAAGAACAUUUUAUUUUCUUAGUUUUCGAAAAUAAUUUUGAUUUCCAUACGAAAGAAUAAGAGAAUUCCAAAAACCAAACACACCAGCAAAUAGACAAAAUGCAAAUACAACAAACAACAGGAUAGCUUGACUUGUAAAACCAAUCUGAUCCUAACAAGAAACCAAAUGCAACAGCAACAAAGCAACAGCGCAGAUGCAACCAGCAACAACAACAAUACCAACCAGCCAAUACAACAACAAAACAACAGCAAUAAAAUCGAACAACACGCAGUCUCAAACGCAGCAAUAACCGCAAUAGCAACAGGCAAGCAGCAGCAACAAUAACAACAACAACAACAGCAACAACAAUAAGCAAUAAACAAUUAAUAAUAAUAGAAGAAAA